GAAUUCGACGAACAUCACAUGAUGUGACCAUAGUGUGACAUGCUUAUGAGACGACAAUGCCGGAGCGGCAAACACUGUGCGGAGUCACAAUUAUGAGAGCAGUGCGUCCUCCAGCCGUACCAGCAGGCCAUCCAUAUGGUGGAAUGGUUGGUACACAUGGUGUGGAGGCGCAUAUGUAUCCAGGUGGUCAUCCAGUAUCUGUUCCGGCCACAACACUAGUGCCUUCCCGCUGUCCUGAGUUCGAGCGCCCAUCUUCAGUCCUUCCUGUUGUUGAUCCCAGACUCUCUGUUUCUGGGGGUGCAGGUCCGAGCGCCUUGACAGAGACCAAUGGCGGAUCUCAAAAGUUGAAAGUUUCACAAGUGUUAAGCCAGAUGGCAACUAUCAACCAUUGGCUAGAUCUUGCAGAGAAUCAGGAACUGCAACAUGCACAGGAAGUCCGUGCACUGGAGAUGAGAUGUGCUCAGCAUGUCGAAGCAGUGAAGAAUGAGAUGAAAGCCGAGAUAAGGAGCUUGAAGGAGUCGUUUGAGCAGAAAGUUGCCAGCAUGGUUGCAAGUAUCAACAGUCGCGUUGAUGGAGGAGAAGCGGCUGAUGCUGAGACUGAUGAAGAGUUUGAGAGAGAUGUCGAGAAGAUUGAAAAAAGCGCCCUUGCAUUUGGAGAUAAUGGUCUAAAGGCAGUUGUUCGGAUUGUUUUUCAGAUGCUGAUGGGAAUUGCCAAGCUUACUGCUGAUGUUCUUCCUCCAUACCCAAGUGAUGAUGACAACUGGCCGCUUGAUCCUGCCACCGAUGAUUGUUUGAUGCGGUUCUGCUGGACAGAAUCUCAUCAGCAUUCUGAUAAUCACACCAAUAUCCUGCAGGUCAUUGCUUACAUUCGUCAGCAUGGUGCUACCGUUUGCACUGGCAGCGGUCCUGCUCUUCGUGAUAUAAGUGAAGAGGAUCUGCAUGAACACGUCAUCAAGAAAUAUCAAGAAUUACAGAAAAAAAAGCGCAGCCACACCGGUACAGUCAACAACGCUCCUGUGUCUGAGUCAGCUAAACUUGAAGUUUGUAUCCGAAAAUUUGAGAACCUGCCAGAAGGGUCAGAGUUUGGGGAUGAGAAGUAUCGCAUGGCACUCAUGGAGUCCUUGAUGUCACAAGAUGAAGAUGAGGUUGAUGCACAGGGACAGAAGACUGGACAUUUCAUUUCCCAUGCUGGAACAUAUCGGAGUGAUAUUAUGGUGAAGUUCUUGGCUGCAGUGGAUGAAGCGGUGGACCCAAACCCACCUCCUUGCUUCACUGUUCGUGUUAAAGAGUGGCUUGCAAAAGAAGAAAACAAGAAGUAUGACUUGCCUAGUUAUAUCCUGGAUAAUGGGUGCGCAUGGGGAGAUCCGAAGGAUCCUGAGGAGAUGGUGGCAGGCCAGAAGUGA